UAUCGCUCAGUGUUUUCUAUUUCUGUGGCAGAGAUGGAUUGACUCGGUGAAUGUAUUUGGGUGUAUUCAGGCAUGAGAGCUUUACCAGGGGCCACUUCGCUGUGUGAGCUUUAGUGUAAGACCUUCGACAAAAGAGGAAAAACUACACAAAUACUUCGCGUUCAUCUGUGCACGCGCAUUAUACCAACCACCAUGGCCAGGGGAUGUGAUUUUGGAUGGAUCGCUCUGCUGUUGUCACUGUUUACUCUCACUGAUGCAUCAAGUCAAACUGUGAACCAGGAGCUUUCGAAUAUUUUUAAUGAGCUCUGGAAGCUGGAUGUUAAUCGCAUGGAGCCUCUGACUAAUUACAACAUCUCACUACAGGGCAAGGCUGGUUACAUACCACAGGGAAGCACAAAUGUGGUAGACCAUGCCUCAUCACCACUGUUUGUUAAUGUCGAUGAGGCCAAACUGAGCUCGAUUACCACUUAUGCACGUUUUAUGAAGCUUUUGGACAACUAUGAGAGGUCCACUGGUGUGGCAGAGAGAGUGACGGCUGAAGAAGUGACCGAAAAUAACUCCUUUCUGGAUGCUAUCUUAGAAACAGCAGUCAUGAAGCGAGCCCACCAGUACCUGAUUGGAAAGGGAAAAUCCCGCUCGGAUCUGAAACAGUUUAAGAGUCAGCUGUACUACAUGUGGUUCCGCCUGUAUCAUAGAGAGAGAAAUGGAGGGGAGGACUCCAGUGGAUUCGAGCAUGUGUUUGUUGGCGAAACAAAGUUUGGCAGAGAAAUCAUGGGUCUUCACAACUGGGUCCAGUUUUACCUGCAGGAGAAACAGAAUCUCCUUGAUUACAAGGGCUACAAAGCCAGAGCCAAUGAUGUGCCUGAUGCAGAUGACCAUGUGUUGAAUGUGCAGUUCAGCUGGCACGGUUUGGUUAAGCCAGUGGCGAGUGCAUUUGUGGGUGUGAGCCCUGAGUUUGAAAUGGCCGUGUUUACCAUCCUGUUCCUGACGUCCACUGAGAAGACCACCACCGCCGUGGUCAAUCUGGAUGAGUACCAGCUAGAGAUGGUGGUGCACAGACAUGGUCGCUGUAUCGGGACGGCCUACCCUAAACUGCUGAGCAGCAACAACAGACACAUGUAGACCACACAUAUAGUAGCUGUUCAAAAUAGUUCUAGAGGCAUAUCUUAGUUUUAAAUACAUAGACAUUUACAUUUAGUCAAUUAGCUGACACUUUAGUCCAGAGCGACUUAUAAUUGAGAACGUUGAACAUUUGUUUUGUAUUGCAGAUGUCUUCAUUUUAGAUGCUUGUUCACUUUGUGAGAUACAUUUAGCUAAUUUUGGUAAACUUCAGGAUGCUUUUAGUUACAAACAGUAAGUUUUAAAUACUAGCAUGCUUAUUGCGUUUUAUCAGAAUUGACUUUGAUAUGGUAAUUUUUGUAUAUGUAUUUACGUAUUUUGAUUCUGACUGUUGUUUUAUGUAUAACUGUGGAAAAAAGCACAUUAAAAAAAAAAUAACCAUUUACAUACUUUUAUUUUUUACAGAAUCAAUAAAUCAAUAAAACUCUC